GGCGGUGCUGGGCGGAGCGGGCCGGGGGAGGAUCGGGCGGCCGUUCCGCCCCCCCCGCGCUGCGGCCGGGGCUCGGCCCCGCACCGUCCCGCGGCGCAGGGAGCCGGGCCGUGGCCGUGGCCGUCGCCCGGGCCGGGGCCGCAGUCCGGGCCUCCCCUGCGCCGGCCCGCCGCCAUGGCCCGCUUCUCCGCCUUCCUCAACCCCGUCCUGGUGCUCUUCAGCUGCGACCUCUGCCUCGUGCGAGCCAGCCACCAUCCCCCGUCAACGUGACUGUGACACAGCUGAAGGCAAACUCUGCCACAGUCUCCUGGGACGUCCCAGAAGGAGAUGUGGUCAUCGGCUAUGCCAUCUUACAGCAGCGGCAAGAUGGACAGAUGCAGCGGUUCAUCCGGGAGGUGAACACCACCAACCGGGCCUGCGUGCUGUGGGACUUGGCAGAGGAUGCUGAUUACAUCAUCCAGGUGCAGAGCAUCGGCCUCUACGGGGAAAGCCAGGCCAGUAAGCGCGUCCACUUCCGAACCCUGAAGGAGACUGACCGCCUCCCUUCCAACAGCUCCAACCAAGGUGACAUCACCAUGGAAGGGCUGGACAAAGACAGGCAGCUGCAGACAGGCGAGAUUAUCAUCAUCGUGGCUGUGCUGCUCAUGUGGGCAGCGGUGAUUGCCCUCUUCUGCAGACAGUAUGACAUCAUCAAGGACAACGACUCCAACAACAACAAGGAAAAGACAAAGCCCUCCUCAGAGCACAGCACACCAGAGCGACCGAGCGGAGGGCUGCUGCGGAGCAAGAAGAAGUCUCCCUCGGUCAAUAUAAUCGAGGUGUAAGUGCAGCACCACCUCUGCAUCUGGGGUCCUGGGCAUCCUGCCAGAGCCAAAGCAGGCCUUGGAAGAAGAGGCAGCACCAGGUGCCCAGCCUGGAACUCUGCAUGCGAAGAUCCAUGUAUCAGAACUUACGCUUUCCCGAGGGCGCCUGUGCGGGGGUGUGCAUGGAGCCAGCUCCCAGCCGUGCAUGCAGUGCACGGCCCUGCUCAUCCCGCAUGACUGGCCCUGCUCUCCUGCCGCUGCGGAGCGCGGAGCUGAGAACAGGCCAGGGGACACGCCACCAGCCCAGGGGGGCAGAGGGGCUGGUGUGCUGGCCUGGGGGGAGGCAACGUCCCUGCGUGAUGGCUUGGCCAAAGGCCGGGGUGCAACCAUGUGGCACCAGCCGCCUGCCUGCAGGCAGCCGGGAGCAGACCUUGCUCUCAGCUGCUGUGUCGGGGCUCGGAGGGCAGGGGCUGCUCCCCUUGUGGCCCCAAGACUGAGAGGAUGGGCAGUGGGGGCAUUCGCCCGAGCGCUGCCAGGGAGGUUGUGGCCAGGUGGCAGGAGGGUUUGUCUGCAGGGCUGGGCCCAGCGAGCACAGCUGAAGAGGGGAUCCCUGCUGGAGAACAGGGCUCUGCUGCACCCCAUCAUUGCUGUGCAGGGGCUUCAAGGCCUCUCCCUGCUGCAGGGGACAAGAACACAAAUGAGCACAAGGAGCUAGUGCUGCCAUGGCCUGCAGAGUGUGCAGCCAGGCAGGGAGGGCUGGUAGGAGCCGUUCUGUGGGGUGGCAUGAGCCUCACAGAGCUGUGGGAGCCGGCAGUGCCAGGGCAUGGCUGUGGCUUUGCUGUUUCCCUGGUAGGGCACAGUCACGCUGUUUGCGGGGAGCUGCUGGGCACCCUGUGAGCAGAGCGGUGCCUGUGCUGCCCAGAGGAGAAAAUGUGGUGAGGCCAGCAGGGGCUCAGAGGGGCUCAGCAGGAUGCGGCUGCAGAGCUCAUCACUGCUCUGGGGAUAAUUAGCUUCAAAAACACCGCAUCCUGCUCCUGGCUCCUUCUGUCUUGUGGGGGUAUGGUCGCUGAUGAUGCUCCCGCUCCUGGAGCUGGUCCCACAGCCUGCACCAGGGUUGCUGAUGUGGCACAGCCCCAUUGGAAAGGGCUGGCCCUGAAUGCCCGGAGCUGGUGGACUGUUGGCUCGCUGUUACCUGCCCAGUCUGCCUGCUCCUGCAAGGACAAUGUGAGCCAUUGACCACCGUGGGGCUGUGAAGAGGUGAUGUCUGCUCUGUGCUUGUUGCUCCCCAGAGCCUGCAGGCUGAAGUCUGUCACUGGGUAUCCACACUGCCCUGUGGCUGAGGCCAGGCCCGGGCAUGCCCCCUUGCCAGCGGUAGGAGGGAACAGGGACAGGAGGAGACUCUCUGCUGCAGAGAGGCUCUCUGCAGCACCACUGGUGCCCUGGCUCCUGCUCUUCCUCCAUGCUCUGCUCUGCAGCCUGUCACUGAGCUGGGCUGCUGGCUCUGCAGCCCUGGACUCCAGCAUCACAGGAUCCAGCGUCUUCCAGGAAUAAACCUCCAGUAAAGCACUUUCAGGACUCUUCAUUCCAGGUGCUGCUUAGCUCCUGCUGCAGGACUAGGCGGGGAAGGGACAGGAUAAGCAACUCCCUGUGGCAGAGUCUUUUCAAUAAAAGCAUCCUGGCUCAAAGGCAGCGU